GAUCCGGGCGCUGCGUUGGCUGCGGUCUGGCACCAAGGGGGCGGCCCCGGCGGAGUGCAGACCCAGUGGCCCUCGGAGAUUAUGGACCCGGCCGAGGCGGUGCUGCAGGAAAAAGCGCUCAAGUUUAUGGGUAAAUACCCAGGAGGGGAAUUGCUGGGUCAUAUGUGCUCUAUGCCCAGGUCUCUGUGGCUGGGCUGCUCCAGCCUGGCGGACAGCAUGCCUUCGCUGCGAUGCCUGUAUAACCCUGGGACUGGCGCACUCACAGCUUUCCAGCCCAAUUCUGUAUCAUCGGGAAGCCUACUCUUGGUUCAGAAUUCCUCAGAGAGAGAAGACUGUAAUAAUGGCGAACCCCCUAGGAAGAUAAUACCAGAGAAGAAUUCACUUAGACAGACUUAUAACAGCUGUACCAGACUCUGCUUAAACCAAGAGACAGUAUGUCUAGCAAGCACUGCUAUGAAGACUGAAAAUUGUGUGGCCAAAACAAAACUUGCCAAUGGCACUUCCAGUAUGAUUGUGCCCAAGCAACGGAAACUCUCAGCAAGCUAUGAGAAGGAAAAGGAACUGUGUGUCAAAUAUUUUGAGCAGUGGUCAGAGUCCGAUCAAGUGGAAUUUGUGGAACAUCUUAUAUCCCAAAUGUGUCAUUACCAACAUGGGCACAUAAACUCGUAUCUUAAACCUAUGCUGCAGAGGGAUUUCAUAACUGCUCUGCCAGCUCGGGGUUUGGAUCACAUUGCUGAGAACAUUCUGUCAUACCUGGAUGCCAAAUCACUAUGUGCUGCUGAACUUGUGUGCAAGGAAUGGUACCGAGUGACAUCUGAUGGCAUGUUAUGGAAAAAGCUCAUCGAGAGAAUGGUCAGGACAGAUUCUCUGUGGAGAGGCCUGGCAGAACGAAGAGGAUGGGGACAGUAUUUAUUCAAAAACAAACCUCCUGAUGGGAAUGCUCCUCCCAACUCUUUUUAUAGAGCACUUUAUCCUAAAAUUAUACAAGACAUUGAGACAAUAGAAUCUAAUUGGAGGUGUGGAAGACAUAGUUUACAGAGAAUCCACUGCCGAAGUGAAACAAGCAAAGGAGUUUACUGUUUACAGUAUGAUGACCAGAAGAUAGUAAGCGGCCUUCGAGACAACACUAUCAAGAUCUGGGAUAAAAGCACAUUGGAAUGCAAGCGAAUUCUCACAGGCCACACGGGUUCUGUCCUGUGUCUCCAGUAUGACGAGAGGGUGAUCAUAACUGGAUCAUCGGAUUCCACGGUCAGGGUGUGGGAUGUAAAUACAGGUGAAAUGCUAAACACGUUGAUUCAUCAUUGUGAAGCAGUUCUGCACUUGCGUUUCAAUAAUGGCAUGAUGGUUACCUGCUCCAAAGACCGUUCCAUUGCUGUAUGGGAUAUGGCCUCCCCAACUGACAUCACCCUGCGGAGGGUGCUAGUCGGACACCGAGCUGCCGUCAAUGUUGUAGACUUUGAUGACAAGUACAUUGUUUCUGCAUCUGGAGAUAGGACUAUAAAGGUAUGGAACACCAGUACUUGUGAAUUUGUGAGGACCUUAAAUGGACACAAACGUGGCAUCGCCUGUUUGCAGUAUAGAGACAGGCUGGUUGUUAGUGGUUCAUCUGACAACACUAUCAGAUUAUGGGACAUAGAAUGUGGCGCAUGUUUACGAGUGUUAGAAGGCCAUGAGGAAUUGGUGCGCUGUAUUCGAUUUGAUAAUAAGAGGAUAGUGAGUGGGGCCUAUGAUGGGAAAAUUAAAGUGUGGGAUCUUGUAGCUGCUUUGGACCCCCGUGCUCCUGCAGGGACUCUCUGUCUACGGACCCUUGUGGAGCAUUCUGGAAGAGUUUUCCGACUCCAGUUUGACGAAUUCCAGAUUGUCAGUAGUUCACACGAUGACACAAUCCUCAUCUGGGACUUUCUAAAUGAUCCAACUGCCCAAGCUGAACCCCCCCGCUCCCCUUCUCGAACAUACACCUAUAUCUCCAGAUAAAUAAUCAUACACUGACCUCAUAUUUGCCCAGGACUCAUUAAAGUUGCGGUAUUUAACGUAUCUGCCAAUACCAGGAUGAGCAACAACAGUAACAAUCAAAAUACUACCCACUUUCCCCGGACUAGCCGAGGAGUGGGGCUUUGAGACUCCUGUUGGGACACAGUGGUCUGCAGUCGACUCAGGAGGGUCUACUCAGCACAGCUGACUGCUUCCGUGCUGCUAGCAGAAGAUGUCUUUUAUCUUUCGUGAAUGAUUGGAACUUUCAAACCUCACCUCACUUCCCCUCCUCCUUUCCCCUGUGCACCUGUUUUUUCCUCAUUUGGUUCCAGACAAAGAUGACUUAUAAAUAUAUUUAGUGUUUUGCCAGAAUCUCUCUUGCUUUGCCGUUAAGCAGAAGAACUAGUUUCCCUAUAUAGCCUGCUGGGAGAGACCCACUUCUAGGGGAAAGGGGGAUACAACUUCAAGCCAGACAGCACCCGGUGUCUCCCUGUGAACUACAGGAAUGCCCAGCACCUGGCAAGCUCAGUGCAGCCCCACUAUGCUUAGGAGACAGCUGUCUGUGUAGCCCCUGGGGCACGAAAGAGAGAGGACAAGAAGAGCACACUGGAAGGCCUGGGCCUCUUUCCUCCAUCUCUUUCCUCUGUUUCUGUCCUUCUUCCCCCUCCCUCCACUCCCCUUCAACCUGUUUCUCUGCUCCACCUGAGAAGAAUGAAUAUGAAGAGAGUCCUCAGUUAGCAUGAGGCAAAUCAGCUAGAAAAUGCAACACUUGGAAGAGAUAAAUGCUGUUCAAAAUUUCAAACAGAGGCUUUUGCUGCAAGUGACCCUAUAUGACAACAAUGGGUUCUCAGACAUAGUACUCUCACCAUAAUUGCAACUCUUCUCUCUUCUCCUUCUAACCCCCCCCCGCCCCCCCCCAAAAAAGGUGGGGGGAGCAGAAAUUUCCUGGGCUCCAUCAAUGGCCACAUCUUUUCUGGACUCAGCAGUCUCCUCGAUUCCAUGUAGAGUGGGGAAAGGAGUUGCUGAUUGCAUUUCCUCUCAUUAACAAUUAGAUGUGUAAUAAAAAGCAUUGUACUUCAUCUUAAAUCACUGGUAAGGCUCAGCCUACAGAAAGGCUUGAAAUGGCCAGAGCCAGCAGCUUGGUGCGUUCUGCGUAAUGGUUCACAUCUCUGAUUUCCUUAUCAGGGCCUGUGAACACCCAGGCACCUGUAUCUUUGCCAAUACCAUGAUCAGAGUAGCUUAAGAGGUGGUCAGGAGUAAAAGUUGAUUUCUUUUUCAUUUAGGCCAGUAAAUAUCAUUUCUCAAAAAUCAAGCUAAUCAUCUUAACCUUGCACUGCAGAACCUUCCUUCUGCUUUUCCCAAACCUGGUAUUUACAAAGAGCAAAGCUGUCAGAGAAAGCAGAUCAGGGUGAAGUUUGGCAUACAGGGUUUAUUAUUGGGGCAGAAACUGCCUUCUCUUUCCUUCCUCCUCCUCAUCUUAUUUUACUCUCCACUCUCCCCCAACCAAUAAAAUUUCUCUGGGAAUUGGUGAAUAACAUAAAUGGACCUCAGCAAGGGCCAGGCUGACCUGGCCCUUGGAAGGCAGCUGUAUGGGGUUCAGGGGCAGGGCAGGUGUGCCACCCAACCUGAGAGCACACGGAAUAGCAUCAGUGUGUUCCCACCUUGUUUCCGGCAGCGGGAGUGGAGUGGAUGUGCACCAGCCAUUUCUGUUGGCUUGGACACACCCAUCAAAAGCCCCAAGGCCACAAUACAGUCUCAAGUUUCUCUUGGAAGCUGAGCUGUCAGGCCCAUUGUUUCCAUUCCUGAUCAAAGCAGUUAAACAAAAGAAAGCCUUUUUAACGCUGCUGUAAAAAUAUCAGAAUGGGAGCCAGUUGCAAGUAACCUCGAAGCCAGGCCACCUUUAAUUCAGCAACAGAAGGCAAGAGAAGGCCAUCUUCACUCUUCCCUCUGAUUUGCAAAAAGUUAUCCUCUUCCCAAAAUGUGCCCAGACUAGAAGUUGUUAUUACAUAUUAAGAGGGAGGUUAUGCAUAUGCAUUUAUCCUUUCCUGCUUUAUGAGUGCUUUUAAGCUUUUAGUUUCAGGUUACAUUCAGAAAGUAUUUCCCAGUUUAAUGAUAUGUCAUUGCCUAGGAAAUAGUUUCUGAGUAUAAUUCUCUUCCCAACUACCCAUAUGCUACAGAGAAAUGUUUUCUGUUAGUCACUUCUCAUGGUUCCUUGUCCAUUGUAUUUACUAUUAAUGCCGUUUUAAUUGGUUGAGGAUUUUGCUACAGAUGAGGCAGAGGACCAUCAGCCUGGAAAAAAACACAGGUCAAGCAUUAGAGAGGCAUGGAUUUUAAGCUGUUUAAAAAUAUUGUCCAAUAGCCAUAACUUUACUAGCCCUUCUGUUAUAUGCUGCUGUUCUAAAGUGAGAGCUGUUGAAUAUUCAUUGGUGCCUGGGGUUUUGCUCUCCCAUAUAAGGUUCACUUGAAGGUAGAUUGUUUCUAAAACUGUUCUGAAGCUUGUCCAGUACAUCAUAAGUGAUAGCGAGCUGGGCCCUGCAGUCUGGAGCUAUUAGCUCCAUCAAGGAGAUUCCCCAAGUUGUCCUCUGCUGCUGAUGGAAAUGGGAAUGAAGUUAAGUAAGUGGUCUGAAAAACUUGAGUCAGUCACAUUUCUCAGCUUGGGGGGUCAUUUACCAGUUCAUUGUAGAAGAAAUAAUCAGGUAAGUAGAAGUUCAUUUCCAGAGAAGGUAAACCCCACUUACCGUCUCUGCAUGAUUUCAGUGGGAAUUAUCACUAAUCCCCAGCUGGGCUAGAAUAAAUGUAAAGUUUGACCUUUUAAAAAAGAGAAACAAAGAAAGUCUCAACCCAUUUAAAGGAAUGGUAGUAAAGGAGCUGAAGGUGUCUCUGGGCCCUGAAAUGAAAUGUCUCCAUUGUAGAUUAGUCUCUUCUCACUAAAAGUCCAAUGUGGACCUGAAAGAAAUGUUCCUUAAAGACAGGAGGAAGCCCCUUCAAAGGUGGGCAAGGAGCAUGUGCACCUACUGCACGUGGGAGCUCUGUGGGUGCGUGCGAGCUCUGUUCACACUGGGGCUGCUUGGACAACACCAGAAUGCCUUGCUGCGCAUGUAUUUCCACUCUGAGAACACCCUGUUACUUUCUUACAUGCAGUUUGAAAGUAGAUGUGAAUUGUAAACAGGAAGCCUUUUACACUUGUCUCUGCAAAAUUCUUUCUGGUGGCUCUUCCCCAGAAACUUUAGAGACAGGGACUCUGGAACUCUACUGACAGAUACUAAAAUCUGGCCCUCACAACUUGUUUCUGAACUGGAAAAGACCCUGGGACCCCUAAAUCAUUCUGUGUUCUGCUUGAGUAAGAAAAACCCUUUUUUAUUUUUCUUUGGUAAAAUCAAAAGCUGAAGAGAAGAAAAUAUGCACUUGUCUCCUUUGCUGUUUCUUGGUACCCAUUGGUCUGAACGCUGGGAUUGGUCUCCUUGGCACGUGGAAACAAAGGGUUUGGGGUGGAAUAUUGGAAGUAAUGAGGGGAAUUUUUUCUUUCCUAGAAUUCAAUUAGAUAUGUUGGUAUCGAUGACCCACCUUGGUGUCCUCCAUUUACCUUCUGGCCCUAAGUGAGAGCAGUCCAACCCAGAAUAGUGCCCACCUGAGGGGCUAGGCUGCAAGCUUGGUUAUGGAGGAAUCCAAGGUACUUUUAGGUAAAAAAAAAAAAAGGGAUGCUGUGACAGUCACAUUCUUUGAUGAUCAGGUUUACCAUUUGACUUUAAUCCACAUUUCUGAUCUUCCCCAUUUGGAUGAGUUCAGCAGACUUGCCAAGAGCUGAGGAACAUGAGAAGGUGCCCUUGCUCCUCCUCACCUUCCUUGCUUCCCUCCCAGAGGACACUUCUAGCAUGGGCACCCAGAGCCUGCAUGCCGAGCCCUUCUCCCUGGGCUCCAUCCACAUGGUCAUCUCUUAGGGUAGUAAGGCUGAAUUUUGCUGCUUAUUAUUGUUUACCUGUACAUUUUUUACUUCAGAAUUCUUGGAACUGAGGAGAGAAACCAAAAGAGCAUGAUACUAGCAACCUGAUUUCAGGUGGAACUUAAUGCAUUGAUAUCCUGAAACCUCUUCUAUUAGAAGUUGAAUACCUAUGAUUAGGUACUGAAGUUUCCUGGAGGCAGGUGACAUCUAAACUAUGUGUUCUACAGCCCAGCUGGCUCUCUCAGCUCCUGAUGGCUGUGUGCGUGUGAGGAUGAGUGCAGUAAAUAGCAUUAUAAAGUGUCACCUCCCGUCUAUCCAUUUCCCUUCUUGAAGGAAAAGACCAAUGAGGAGGGUUAGACCUCUGGGUACCAAGGAAACUAACACCUUCCCAAAUCAGCGAUCACUCAAGCCCGACCCAGACUGUUUUGAGGGAUGUUCACUGGACUCUAACCAUGGGGCAGGCCUGGCAACAAAUAUGAGCUUCCCUGAGAGCUUUCAGUUGGUUCAGCCCUUUGUUCUCUAGACUCUUAAGUACUGACUGCUUUAACUUUUGUGAUUAUGUUUUGGUGAUGUGUAGUCAAUGUACCAAUAUGUUCACAACCUAGAAUCAUGGUAAUAUAGUGUGUUUUGGUUUUUUUAACUGUUGAGGAAAAAAGUAACUUAAAUUACAAAUAUAAGAUUAAAGUGAA